UUUCCCCCCCAGUUGCAUGUUGUUUUACGCCUGCAAAAGCUGUCAUAACCAUACCCAAUACCUUGCCAAUAGGACAUACUCGUGUGUGAUCUAAAUUAUACACUGCAACUCGUUUAUACUAAGUGGUAAUCGUAAGUGUAAGUUUGUGUUUAUGUAGCAUAGCUUCUACUGCUAAGGAAACGUUUCAGCGGGCUUUUACCGUUGAGGCAGUGAACUUUAAUCGUUACCAUCUCUUCUGCAUAUAGAACAGUUGGAUGAAACGGUUGUGUUGUGCGUGCAACUUUAACGAUUGCGUGAUAUGUCGUCUCAGAAAACAAAACAAAUCUAGCGUGAACACUAAAAAGUAGGUCGUUGAACUUAGGCAAUGGUCCGCGGCGAAGCGUCUUUCAGACAAAUAGCCAAUGCAACUGGCAUGAUGUUCCACAGCGCUUUCUAUUUUCAUCCUUUACGCGGACACAUCGACGCGUCUCAUUUUGACGUUGGCUGAAUUUUAACACCAGUCGCAGGAGUUUCGUGCGUUUUAGCCAGUGUUGUGUGUAAUUCUAGUGAUGUGCAUUUCCACCAUCACUGGCUCUGAAUCAUUGCGCUGCUAUGUGAUGUAGAUAAACGGAACACCAUGGAGCUUCUCGAGGAGGAUCUCACCUGCCCAAUUUGCUGCUGUCUCUUUGAGGACCCGCGAGUUCUGCCGUGCUCGCACAGCUUCUGCAAGAAGUGCUUGGAGGGGAUUCUGGAGGGGAACAACCGAGGACCUGUUUGGAGACCCCCAUUCAAAUGUCCCAGUUGCCGCAAGGAGACCCCUCAAAACGGUAUAAACACCCUCCAGAUCAACUACUCCUUACGCGGAAUUGUAGAGAAAUACAACAAAAUCAGACGUUUACCCAGGAUGGUGCUGUGCAAACACCACAGUGGUCAACCGCUUAAUAUAUUUUGUGCCACAGACUUUAAACUUAUUUGUGGAUUUUGCAUAACAACUGGCGACCAUAAAGGACAUAAAUUCUGUUCCAUGGAAGACGCAUAUGAGCAGGAGAAAGCUGCGUUUGAGGAGCUGUUCCAGGGAGUGGAGAACUGGCGCAGCGCAAAUACCAUAACCUGCCUGGAGACACUGGAAGCCAGUAAGAAGAAUGCACUCCAGUUAGUUUCCAGGGAUGCAGAGAAAGUAACGGACUAUUUCGUCAAACUGAUCAGCACCCUGGACCACAAAAAGAACGAGAUCCUCUCUGAUUUCGAGACGCUGAAGUUGGUGGUGAUGCAAGCCUACGAUCCCGAGAUUAACAAAUUAAGCGCUGCGUUGGAGGAGCAGAGACGCGCGCUCAGCAUCGCUGAGUCCUUCAGGAAUGUGACUGACCCCCUCUGCUUCCUCCAGCAGAUGCAGGAGUUCAGGGAGAAGUUGCGCGUUGUCCGGGAAACGACGCUACCCUCCCGGAUAGACAUGGAUAUCGGUCACAUGGUCCGGAACUUCGACGUCAAAAAUUGGGACUCGGUGAAGCUCAAAGAUGUGGACACGCUCUCGGUCCCCCAAGAGAGUAGCGCGUAUUGCUCAACGACUCAGCGUGUCAGCGGCAGAACGCUGUGGAGAGUCAUCGUGAUUGUUGUGUGCCUGUUACUAUACGCCCUGGUGCUUCCGCAGCUGGACAGCCUGACCGUGGUGUCAGCCCAAUUCUCCUCGCUCUGCCAUAGUUGCCUGCCCGUGCUAUCUGGCUGGCUGGAGAUGGCUACCGGUGCGUGGCAGUGCUGGAGAGAGGUAGUGGAUGCCUGGUGGGUGCAUGGUUGAAAUGUAUCCUGAACCUCUUUCAAACAACUGGCUAAUUUCUUUGACGUCGUAGGUUGCUUUAGAUUUCCAAAUAUGUUAUUUUUGGAUCUGAAGCAAGCUGCAGCAGUCUGAUAGAAAGCCUAUAUGUAAAAGUUAUAGGCCUAAGUAGAUUUAUAAAAAACACUAGAAAGCUAUUCACUAUAAAGCUAUUCAUGAUUUUAGUAUUUUAUAUAGAAUAUAUAAACAGAACAACCAUAACACUUAACGAGAAUCAAAACACUAUUGCAGCACAUUGAAUGUUGUCAGAUUUGAGAACAGCUUGUUUGGUGAAUAUUAAACAGCAGCUCUGUCCUGGAGCACCAGCCAUCCUUCUCCAAGCCAUAUGAUCAUACACUUUAACAACUACAAGUCAAAGCCUGAGUCACCUCAUGUGCAUAUUAAAGUAAAUAACGAUCAUGCCAUAGGCUAGAUUAUUUAGCAAAGGCCUAAUAUUUACACCUAGAAAGUCUGAGUUUGAUUUAUUUUUUUGCCUUAAGUUUUACAGGCAGUCUGUUGUUGUCAUAACGCCACAUACCGGGUCACCAGCCUCAUAUUUUGCCAAAAAUAAAACUUCAAUUUGG